UCCAGCCCUGCGCUUGUAGCAUAUUAUCACUAAAUGCUAAUCGCUAUCAAAUAUUAAUUUUUGGCAAUUCAGCAUUAGGUAUUUGGGCACAUAUUUUAUAUUUAUAUCUAUGAUUCAGAUUUCUGAGUUUGCGAAGACAGUAGAAAAUUCAAAAUAGACUUGAUUGUGAAUGCUGACGUAGUGACGUGAUUCGUGAUUCCGAAAAUAAGGACUGCAAUGCUGACAUGUUGUUUUUGAUACAGUGACGCCGACAUGCCGCACACGCGACACGCUGUAAAAUAUUGGUAAUCGACCUACCAUGUUUGUUUUUGAGUCAUAACCAAUAAUAUUGAAGUGACUCCUCGUCGAUGUGUUUAAUUGCCAACCGUUGGUAGCCGAACGUUGCGACAACAACUCACAACCACAACAGUCGGUUUACGGUUUGAAUUGAUUUCUGACCUUCUGUAUAAUCAGAUUACAGAAUAGGUUAUUCUAGACAUUGGUUUGGAACACGACAUCACAACCUGCCCUGGGGAUGGCCGUAACCGCACUAACACUCACUACCGAAAAGGCCAAAACUUCGGUCUACUGAUCACUUCACUGUCUUGAAUCCAGGCUUUAGUUUCCUCGAAAUCGUAUUUAGUCAACUCACAUUGUCCCAAGGGUUUUGAUGUUUCAGCAUGUGAAACCGACAAAAGGAUGUAUGUGAUCCAUUGAGUUACUGGUGCGCGGCUAGAUAACCCAUUACGGUUUCGCUCUGCGCGUGAUCGUAAUCAACUUGUCACCCACUACCAUAAGAAAAUAAAUAUUCUUAAAUGACUUCAAUGAAAGACUACAUAAAAGUUGAAAUCACUGGUGAUGCUGAUGCUGUUUCCAGUGAAUUAUAUGUUGAAAACACUAUUGAAAAUCCUGCAUGGUAUACAGUUGAAGAUAAUCAUGUUUCUUUGGUAUCUGAAAAUGUUGAGAAAGUUAUUAAGGUUGAAACUGAUAUGUUGGAUGAUUGUAUGUGGGAAAGUAGAAUUGAAAUUACCAAAGAUGUUGCUAACCAAAGUAAUAUGGAGUUACCCUUGGAAUGUCAGGAUGUUCCAGAUAAUAAUAUUUACGUAAAUCAUGAAAAUACAAGUGAUAAAAUAUUUCAUUGUAAUAUUUGUGGAAAAAGCUUUGUUUUAAAUUAUCUUUUAAAAAAUCACUUGGCCGAACACAAAAGACAAGUAAAUCAUAAAACUAAUAAAUGUAAAUUUUGUAAAAAACAGUUUAAGUUAAAAUUUGGUUUGAAUAGACACAUUCAAAAACAUCACAAUUCCAUGCAUAAAUAUUCUAAGUAUAUUGAACACAAAAAAUACCAUGAAAGAAGAGAUCAAACUAAGUUUGAUACCAUUCCUAAUAUAAAAUUGUGCAAAUUAAACGGUGUUUGGAAAAGUAAAACAAAUGAAUUUAAAUGUAACAUUUGUUUCCAAAAAUGCUAUAAUGAAAAGAAUUUGGCCGAACAUAUGGAAACUCAUGACAAUUGUCAAACACAGUGUAAUGAUUGCUUAGAUUAUGUUUCAGUUUCUGAAUUGAAUAAUCAUAUGGAAAAUAUUCAUAACAAACAUUUAUUUAAAUGCCAGAAGUGUAACCAACAAUUUCAAAAACAACGACAUUUAAAUUGUCAUUUAAUUCAUUGCUUAAGGAGUUCAAAUAAAGUUUGUGGUAAAACCAAGGCUAUUGGAAAAACUUGUUCUGCUUGUGGAAUGGUUUUUAAUAAUUCUUUAUCAUUGACAAAUCAUACAACUAUUGGUUGUAAGCAUUACACUUGUAAAUAUUGUGGACAAUUUUUUAGUACAAGGAAUUUUUGGCUAAAACAUACGGAUGUUCACAAAAAAGUUGAGCAAUGUGCAAUGUUGAAAGUAAGUACUAAUAAAACAUCUACAGUAAGAGAAUUUAAUCAAACUGAAGUUGUACAUGAUCCUUCUAUUAAUACAAACGGAAGACAAUUCUUAUCCAGAGAUGUUACAGGAAGAUAUAGUUCAGAUCGUACCAGAUUAGUGAACAGCAGUUCAACAAUUGUUUCAACUUCUCCACAUAAAUCAAGGCCAAACAAUUACAUUAUUCCAAAUCCUGAGAAAACUAAUAUCUUAGAAAAAAAUAGUUCAGAUCAAACAUGUUUAAUUAACAGUGCAACAAUUGUAACGACUGCUCCACACACCUAUAUCCCAAACAAUAACAUUAUUUCAAAUCCAGGGCAAACUGAAAUCUUAUUGAAUACAUUGGAAAGAAAUAGUUCAGAUCAAAUAGGUUUAGUAAGCAGCAAUUCAAUAAUUGUACCAACUACUCCUAUGGCUCCACGGCCCUCAAUGCAGCCAUUAAGUGAGAAUCUUCCACCCUUAUCAAAUACCUUGGAAAGAAAGAUUCCAACCCAAAUAGAACACCAGCUAGAGAGAAGAAAUUUAUUUCCAGAGCCGGUAGUUCCAGCAGACAUAGUUCACAACAAUAUUAUGAUUAUUAAACAGGAAAAAUUCUUUCAUAAUACUGUCAGAGACCAUUUUCAACGUCAAAUAAUGAUUCAGCAAUCAAAUGAACUGGGACAGCAAUCAAGUGUAUCGAUUUCUCCACAUAAUUCAAUAGGAUACAACAAUAGCCCUGUUCUAAGUAUUAAGCAGGAAACAACUAGUUUAGAACAAAAUUUAGCAAACAGCAAUGAAUCAAUUGAAACGACUCCUCCACAAAUAUCAAUGACAAACAAUUUCAAUCUCCUAAAUAUAAAGCAAGAAAAAAACUUGUGUACAAAUGUUAGAGAAAGUAAUAGUUCAGAUCAAGCGGAUUCAGUGAAUAGCAAUGAAUCAACUUUGGCAAAUGAACCUCGUGAUUUAAUAGCAGAACAAAACCCUAUUAAUAUAGCUAAUAAUAAUAUUGUAUCUACAGUUAGAGAAACACCUUAUUUCUGUAUUAGAAAAUUGCCCAAUAUUAAAAAUAAAUUUUGCCAUAAUGAUCAGACAUCACAAGACAAUGUUAUAUUUAUAUGUAGAAUUUGUAAAAAUUCUCCAUCUACAGAUAUACAUUCAUUUGCAUUACACAUGAGUGAUCACAGUGAGUGUAAUAUGCAUGAAUGUAUUGUGUGUGAUAAAACAUUUCAAUCUGUAAUUCUUUGGAAAGACCAUAUGACUUAUCAUCAACAGCAAAUAGAUUUAAAUGUGUCAACAAUUCAGUUUAAUCCUAUAGAAACUGAAUCUAAUGCAUUAGACCCUAUUAAAUCUAGAAACAUGGAACCUCAAGUUUUUAAAAACCUAAGAAAUAGAAAAUCCAAGAUAUCUUUAUCGGACGAUUCACAUUCAGAUACAACAAGGUUAAAUAGUGGCAACAAAAUUAAAUACCAAUAUGACUGUAGUACAUUUAAAAAAGUACUUCCUUCCACAAGCGCAUUAAAAGUUCAUCAAACUCUUCAGAGUAAAUCACAACCGUUUUCCUGUAGGUAUUGUGAUAAAAAAUUUUCUGGCAAAGGUCCAUGUACAAAUCAUGAAAAAUCUCAUUUCAACUCGCACAAUUUUUUAUUACAAAAUAAUGAGAAUAUUAAACUUGAACCAAUUGUAAUCCAAAACAGCAUAAGUAUAGAAGACAACAACUCUGAUUCUGAGACAAUGUCAAGAAUACAAAAUAUGAGAAACAAAUCAUCAUCAAUUAAAAAAACAAAUUUCUGUAAUUUAUGUAAUAGAAAAUUUACAAAGCGCUGUUAUUUUACAAAUCAUAUGAUGAUUAAGCACAAUAUAAAUCCAAACACACCAAAACAACUUGCAUCGAUUGAUUGUAACGAAUCAAUCAUUCCAUCUGAAAACAUAGAGUUGACUAAUGAAUAUGAAAACAAAUUAUCAGUUCCAGUAAAUUACAAAAAUAACAAUCUGAACAACCAUGUUCAUAAAAGCAAUGAAAAGAAAUCAACAUUUUGCAUGUUUUGCAACACACAUUUUGCACAUCCUGGUGCUUUAACCAAUCACAUGCGUAUUCAUGGUUGUAAAACAUACAAAUGUCAGUAUUGCCACAUGCAAUUUAGUAGGAAAGGCCUUUAUAUUAUGCAUGAGAAAACACAUGUAUUAAAAAAUGUAGUUAAAAGUGCUCCCAUUCAAAACAAAAACAAUAUAGUUGUAGAAGUUAAUGAUGAACCACAAAUUGAGCAUUAUGAUUCUGAGAUUAUUCAUAGUCCAGUUUAUGGUAAUUCAAGUGGUACAAAUUUGAUGGACAUAGAACAUUUAUGGUUUCCCUGUGAUGUGUGUGAUAAAAAAUUCUCUACUCCGUUCCAAUUGAAUGUUCACCGAAAGUCACAUUCUGAAAUUGUACCAUAUGUAUGUAAGAUUUGUAAUAGAACUUAUCAGUUGAAAUUUCGAUGGAAUUGGCAUUUAAAAGGCCACUACAAAAAACACAAUGCAAAUUUAAAAAGUAAGCAGCAUACUAAUAAUCUAAAAUCGAACAUUACUAAACUAAAGAUUGAAUCUAUAAGUCAUAAAGAUAAAAUGAAAUGUCGAUAUUGCAAAAAAGAAUAUAAUUCGAUAUCUCAGUGGAAAAAACAUAUGACAAUGAGCAGGGAAUGUCGUCGUCAUUGUAAAAGUAACCUUCCAGAGUUUACAUCAAAUAAAGCAACAAAGAAUUCUACAAAAUCUGGUCGAUUCAGAUGUAAUAUAUGUAUGAAAACAUAUAGUACUGCUUACAAUCGGACAGUACACAAAAAAAAUGUUCAUAAAGUGUUAGAUUCAACGUAUUUGAAUACCUAUGAUGAUACCGGUUUACAAAAAGAUGAAUUAAUAGACAAAAUUCAACAAAAACCAGCAAUUAAGAAACGAAAUAGACGUAAUCACAUUAAUGGCACUAAAUGUGAGUUAUGUGGUAAAACAUACAGCAAUGGAGCUAAUUUAAGUCGCCACAUAUCCAUAAUUCACACACAAACUUUUGAACCUAUGACCUGUAAUGUUUGUGGAAGUACAUUUAAGCACAAAUAUUCUUACAGAGAACAUUUAAAAAUUAAACACAAACAAUUAUUUAAACAUUAUGAAGAAACAAACUCUACAUAUAAAAAAUCAAGACAGCAAAUCAUAUCAGUAAAUAAAACAAAUAUUAUGAAAUACUUUUGUAAAAUAUGUAAAAUGAAGUUUGCUGACAAUGUUACAUUACAAGAACAUUUAAAGUUACAUACUUUAAAUAUGUAUAAGUGUAAAGACUGUGGUCAGCAGUUUGAGACAAAUCUUACUCUAGGUACUCAUAUUUUGGAAAACCACAGUGCCAGUAUUUCUACAUCUAAUAAAAAUGAACAUGUUGAGAAUUAUGAGAGACAAAAUACUUCUCUAGAAAUAAUGAAUUAUAAUUUUGUUCAGUGUGAAAUUUGUUUGAAAAUCUUAAAAACCCCAAAAUAUUUAAGAUCACACAUGAGAUUACACACUGGUGUCAAACCAUUCAAAUGUGAUAAGUGUAACAAGGCUUUCAGAUUUAAAUCAAACUUAAAAGUGCAUCAGAAGAAAGAUUUGGCAUGUUUUACCCCAUAAUUAUAUUUUACGUAUUCAUAAGUACAAUUUUAAGCCAUUCAAAAUGACAAUAUAUUUUGAUUUUUGAUGUUAUUUUAAUAUUAGUAUAAUAAUAUGGAAAAAGAAAAUUAAAAUACUUGUGAAUUAUUUGAAUCUCACAUUCAUGCUUUUCUACUUUGUUUUAUCCUAAAAAUUCUUUAUACAUUUAACUAUUUUUAUUGUUUUUAAUACUUUACAAUGAAGUUAAGUUUUUACUGUACA